AUGACGGAUAAGCUAAACUCCAACCCCUUGUUAACAACUACUAGACUUGAUGCUACAAAAUUUGUACUUAUGACUAAUCAAAGGAGUUACACCGUUCAGAUUAAAGGAGACACCGACAAACUCGAAAGAGAAGAGAAGACUUCAUUCUCAAUAGUUGCUGCUGUUCUUGACCACUCAGCUGGAGCUAAUCAGGAAGUUGGUAAGUUGAAAAACCUUCAGCGGUUGUUCCUAACAGCAAACCGAUUAUCUGGUGAAAUCCCAAGUACCAUAGGCGAGUGUUUAAGCUUAAAAUAUUUAUAUCUGGAUAAUAAUUUCGUCCAAGGAGACAUUCCUCGAUUUCUUACUUUCUUAGAAGGUCUUGAUGCAUCAAGUCUUUCUCACAAUAACUUGUCUGGUGUUGUACCGGAAGGGUUUGAAAAUCUUGCACUCGCUUGGUUAGAUAUAUCAUACAACAAUCUAGAGGGACUAGUACCAAAAGACGGGGUGUUCAAGAACAUAAGUGCAUUUUUAUUUGAAGGGAAUAAGAAGCUUUGUGGUAAUGUGGUGGGAUACCUGUCUUGA